AUGAUCGUGCAUGGAGCGUCGUGUCUCCUCCUUCUUACCCUCAUCACUUCCCCUUUUCUUGCUGAACAAGCUUACUUCCCUCAAAUCGGCCAGUACUGGGAAUUAAACUAUUCCGCCCUUCAGCCUCCAUCCCCUCGUUCCAAACGCUCGACGGAUCGACCAUCCUCUUCAUUUUUCUUUCAUGCAUUCGGUCAUAACUUCUCCUUGGUCAUCUACCAUGAUGAAGGUGUGUUGUCUCCCACAGCACUAGUAGUUGCUGGAGGGCAAACCCGUCUCCUGAGCAGUGAUGACAACUCCGCAUAUCCCGUGCGUGGUUUCCUCAACUCCCAUCCCAAGAGUCUCGUUUAUGGCAGUGUUCUCAAUGGCAUCUUUCGUGGUACUAUUGCACUCAACGCCAGCAGUCUAGGAAUCUUUGUGGAAAAUCCCUUGACCGUGGAGGAUGUCUAUUUUGUCGAGCCGGCGGGAAAUUUCCUACCCAACCCUGACUUCCACUCUGUAAUCUAUCGUGCGAAUGCAACGAGUGGUGGCGAUGUAUUAUUUCGACAAAAACGCAGUCUCAAUAUUGCUGGUGGUGAUGAUGCUUCGGAACCUGCAUUUUGUGGCUACUCAAACCGGGAGAUUGCACGACAGCUUAGAGAAAUGUCUCAGCCUGCUCUAGCUUGUGGUUUGUCAGUUUAUUCAUCCAAUUAUUCAUCAACUCACAUCCGUCAUUGUCACCUUACCUCAGAUGCAUGA